AUGUCGCCGGCGUACCAGUCAGCGUCGGAGUCCAUCGAUGCGUCGCCGUCGUACACGCCGACUGCUCAGUGGACCGGCACCCUGGGAAAGAAACCAACGCCGCCUAAUAGCUUGGGCAGGACCAAGGGAAUCGCUGACCUGGAGAGAGAGAUGGAGGAGCUCCGAGCGAGUUACCAACAGGUGUGCGAGGAGAGGGAUGCAUUGGAAGACCUUCUACUGCAGGAGCAGCUCAAGAACCGAACGCCAGCGGACAAGCAGCUAGAGGAAGCCAAAGCCCAUGCAGCAGCGUUGGAGCUUGAGCUGAGAUCCAUGGCUGCCCGAUGCGAGGAGUGGAAGCGCCGGGCAGCGCAGCGGGCAGCUGAAAUGAAUCCAGCCAUGGUGCAGGCGCUGCUGGAGGAGCGGCUGGAAGAUUUGGAUGAAUCAGGAACGAUUAAGAUACAGAUGGAGGUGGCUCGCCUGCGCGACGAGCUUGCCAAGUCCGAGGUGCUGCGCUUUGAGCUCUUCCGCAGCACACAAGAGGGAGCAGGUGGGCAUACAUGGUAUGAGCAUGGUAUGAGCAUGGAGCAUGGUAGGAGCAUGGUAGGAGCAUGGUAUGAGCAUGGUAUGAGCAUGGUAGGAGCAUGGUAUGAGCAUGGUAUGAGCAUGGAGCAUGGUAGGAGCAUGGUAGGAGCAUGGUAUGAGCAUGCAUGGUAUGAGCAUGGUAUGAGCAUGGUAGGAGCAUGGUAUGAGCAUGGUAUGAGCAUGGAAGAAGCAGAGGACUUGAUGCAGGAGCUGCUGGAGAUGGGGCAGGCAUCCCUGAGCCAGCAGGACGUGGAGCGCCUGUCAGAGGCCGUGGAGGCUGCGGAGCACAGAGCAGUGGAGGCUGAGAGAAGGGCAGUGCAGGCAGAGAAGGAAGCUUCUGAGAAGGCAAUGCAAAUAAGGGUGCUGGAGGCGAAGCUAACAGCACUGCUGGGGGGAGAAGACACAUCAGCAAUAGCAUCUGCUCCUUACCACCACCAAGCCCUGUCAUCCUCCUCCUCCCUCUCCUCCCGUCCCCUUCCCUCCACCUCCACCACUGUCAAAAGUAACCCCGCCACUGCCACUUCUGCCCCCACCCAAGUCCCAACCACCACCAAUGCUUCUGCUUCUGCUGCCACUUCAUCCGUCCAUGCUCUGGCCAAUGGAAUCACGCCACGGGUCAGCAACACAGAUGACGUGGCAGGAGGGGUGCGUGACGUGUCGAGGAGGAGAGCUGACGUGGCGAGGGAGAGUGCUGGGAGAAGGGAAUCUGUGUUGGUGAUUGGAAGUGAAGAUGGGGCCAGUGCUGUUGGCAAGGGGAUUGGUGGGGUCAGGGGGGUUGGGAGUGAGGUGGAGAGCAGUGCAGGGGAGAGUAAGGGGGAGAGUGCGGAGGAGAGUGGGGGGGAUAGUUUGAAAGAGCUUGCAGCAGCACAGAUUGCAGAUGUUGAGGAGAUUCGGGAGAUUGUUCAUCGUGUUCAGGGGCAAAAUCGACUCACGCAUUUACUCUUGACGGUUGUCUUCGCGGCAUCUGUCCCACGGGUUGUCGACAUGGUUAAGAACCUUCUGGGAAGCAAACAACGGCCACGAUACACACGAAUCACAACCCGGGCUGGACGGCCUGAAACUUUUGGUGAACGGUUUCCAGCCUAG